AUGGAAGGUCUUAAAGACGCCGAGGCAGCGGCUUCUCAGUGCAACCCUAGCUGCAGCGCGGCUGCUCUCCUGCUGCUCCCGCCUAACAAGCAUACAGAAACUGCUGCAGAUCCCUCUACUGCUCCUUCAUCUUCAGACGAUGAAAAAACUGAAGAUGAAGAGGCUUCACAACCUGCGGGAAAAGGUCAUCAUACACCUGAAUUAGCUGCAACGCGACUCGACACCAGCAGCAGCAGCAGCAGCAGCAGCAGCAGCUGCAACAGCAGCAGCAGCAGUCUAGCAGGAGAAACGUAUACAGCAGAAGAAGAUUUCAAUGCCUUCUGUGCCCCGGAGCUGCCAUGCAGCUCGGCUUCUUUGGAGCCCUCAGAUGCAGAGACACUUCAGGAGUCUCCGCAGCCGCUGAGCGACAGCAGCAGCAGCAGCAGCAACAGCAGCAGGCACAGCAGCAGAAACAGCAGCAAUGGCGAGAUGAAGGGUGACGAUGCGUCCGCUGUUGCAGUUGUUGUAGCCAGAGAACCGCAGGAAGAUGCAGCAGCAGCAGCAGCAACAGCAGCAGCAGCAGCAGCAGCAGAAGCUGAGGUGUAUGUACACCCAACCUCAAGCGACUCAGCAGAACCAGACUCCGAGCCCCACCGUAUGCUAUCCUUUUCAGAUAGCGGCUUCGAUGUGUUGGAUUGCAGCAACGAGGGCCCCUCUUCUUCUUCUGCUGCUGCUGCUGCUGCUGCUGCACCUGUUGCUCGCUUUGGGUCUGUUGACGUUGCUGGAACUGAAGAAGAUGUUGUGGGGGCCCCUCUAGGGGGCCCCCUGGGGGCCCCCCAUGUGGGUAUGUUUAGCAGCAGCAGCAGCAUCAGGGCCCUGAAGUCUUCUCAGGUUCAGGAGGAGACAGUAGUUCUGCCUAGCUGGGGGGCCCUCGUAAAGGAGACAGUUGAGGGGGGCCCCCGAUUAUCAGAGGGUUUAGUUUGUUAUGAUGGAGGCUUAGAGACCCACCGAGUGCUGUAUAGAGCGCAGUUUGGCGUAGAAAGAAGAGAUAUAGGUGUUAGUAGCUUAGAGACAAGCGAGGUGUUGCCUUGCAAUAAAGAAAUUAUCACAGAACCCAGCAACAGCAAACCCCUCAAUAGACCUCAAAGAAGGCCCUAUCCAGGGGCCCCCCUAUCUCUUCAAGCAGGGGCCCCCAGCUGCGCUCUCCCAGAGCGGCUGCAUCUCCUGCAGCAGCAGCAGCAGCAGCGGCAGCAGCAGCACCGGCAGGGGCGCGACACUCCAGAGGGUAACACAAGCAGCAGCAACAGCAGCAGCAGCAGCAGCAGCAAGGAGCAGCAGCAAAUGCAGCCUGCAUUCCCUAAGGGGCCCCAGCCAGUCCCUGCUGCCACCCCAAGGACACCGCGAGAUACUGAGAAGGGCUGUCUCUUCUUUUGUGCUGCUACAGUUAAGCAGCAAGAGACAGGCUCUGGAGUAUUGAGGGGGCCCCCCCUUGAAGAGACUCCAUCAGCCAAAAGGGGGGGGACCCCAGGGGCCCCUGGUGCCCCUAAAGAUGCACAGAAGCUGCAAGGAGGCCCUAAGGAGGGGCCCCCCUCCUCUGAGUGUGAGGGGGCCCCCUGCAGCAAUAAUGCUGCGCUGUGUGCGCCUGUCUCUCCUAGCAGAGACAUACCUUUGGGGGCCCCUAUUGAUAAGACAGCUGGAUAUCAUUUAGAUGUUGUUGGGGUGUACGAACAGGAGGGAGAGGAGGAGACACCGAACAGAGGUGAAGGGUCUUCAGGCCUAUCCCAUACACCCUCAACGCCAAAUAGAGACAGUUAUAAAGCUCUCUUAAGGAGGGCCCCAGUCCCUCAAGACCCUAUGAGGAGGCCUCGGGUGUCUCCUUUGCUGCAGGAUAUGGGGGGCCCCCGCAACUCAAGCUCCUGCUGCUCUCCCCCUGUUACUUUAGGGGGGCCCCCCUCCUGUAGCUCUUUAGAGGGGGCCCAGCAGCAGCAAGAAGGGCCUCAAACAAAGCAGGAGACAGAACAGCAGCAGCAAGAAGAGACAAGAGAUAAAGAUAUAGAGGCAACUAAGCCCCCCUCGGCAGCAGAAGGCCCUCAGGAGGGGGCCCCCACUGCAACUGGGGGGCCCCCGUCCCCCACAUUAAAGGCCUCCGUACCGUCUGGGGCCCCCCUAAAGAACGCUACACAAGAGGAGACAGACAAUAAGGGGGUAGAUGUGUCUCCUUCUGCUCUUGUGAAGCAAGAUGAAGAAAAAAAUAAAACAAAUAGAGACGCCAGUCAAAGGCAGGCCCCCGCUGAGCGGGAGACCUGCAGGGACACCCCAGAAAUAAGAGAGCAGCAGUUAGGGGAGGGGCCCCCCAAAGCAAUUGAAGGAGAAGGGGCCCCUGAGGAGACAGCUAAGGAGACAGAAAAGCCCUCGCCUGAAAGCACACAGAAAGAGACAGAGGGGCCCCCAGAAGGUCUUGAACGGGGGCCCCAGGGGCCCCCAGAAGACACCAAACGAGGCCCUGGGGCCCCCGCUAUUCAAACUCCUCUACCGGACUUCCCGCUGCAUGCAGCAGACAAACAAAGCCCCAUCGAGUGCGGCAGCAGCAGCAGAAGCAGCAGCAGCAACAGCGGGGGGCCUCCUCUUGGAGGCCUCAAAGAGGAGGCUUCGGUAUCUCUUGUUGGCAGCAAGGAGCAGAAGCAGCAGCAGCAAAAGGAGCAGCAACAGCAGAAGCAGCAGCAGCAAAUGGAGCAGCAACAGCAACAGCAGCAGCAACAAACGGAGCAGCAACAGCAGAAGCAGCAGCAGCAAAAGGAGCAGCAGCAGAAGAAGCAGCAUGAAGAAGAACUGGAGCAGCAACAGCAGAAGCAGCCGCAGAAGCCGCAGCAGAAGCAGCAUGAACAAGAAAUGCAGCAGCAACAGCAACAGCAACAGCAACAACAGCAACAGCAGCGGCAACAGCAGCAGCAACAGCAGCAGCAGAACUCCAGCUUGGGAGACCCAUACAUGCGUUCAGGUGCUGUUGUUGCUGGAGAGAGCUGCAGCAAGAUAGGGGGGGGCCCCUUGGGGCCCCCUUCUUCUUCUUCUUCGUAUAUGCCUCGGCAGGUCUUAUCUUAUGUAGAGCAGCAGCAACAGGGGAGACACUUUGCUGCAGAAAGGAGACACUUUGAGUCUGUUGAUGGAGAUAGUUUUCGCUGGGCGUCAGCUUCCGGUGUCUCCCUCAACACAGCAGGAGGAGGGGCCCUUCUAGGGGGGCCCCCAGACUCAUUAGGAGUGUACAGCUCUCAAGUGCAGACACUAGAGGCCCCACACUUUACUACAACUUCUUCUUUGUCUCCUCGCAGAGACAGAGAGGGGGUCUCCUCAACUAUAGGGGGGCCUCUAGAAGGCCUUCACUCUUGGGGGGCCCCCGGGGGGCCCCCUACCAUUACACAGAGCAGCCUGGUGUUAGAAAGCCCCACAGCGUCGGCUUCAAUCCACAGCAGCAACAGUCUGCUGCUGCAGCAGCAGCAGGAGAGUGCUGCUGCUGUGCUGCAGCAGCAGCCAGUCGUUAUAAGAAAUUAUGCCGCGGGGUGUACGUACACCACACGCCAUACUACUACAACGUACAGCAAAGCCUCAACAUCUUACAGAACCCUCACGGCCCCUCAUUCUCAUGUUGCUGCUCCUUCAGAGGUACCCCAUCUCCUGCUGCAGCAGCAGCAACAGCAGCAGCAGCAGCAGCAGCAGCAACAGCAUAUGGUGCACUUUGAGCCACCCCUUGGCUCUCCCCGCGGGUCUCUGCUGCUUCCAGGGGGGCCUCCUCAGAUUGCUGCUGUUAGCUGCAGCGAUCCCCAUUACACUUGCGCAGCAACCAGAGCUCAGGGCCCCCCCUUGAAGGCCCCUCAGGGGGCCCCCCAGGGGGCCCCCCGGGUGGUCUUCCAGGGGGCCCCCCAAGGGGCCCCCCAAGUGGUCUUCCAGGGGGCCCCCAAGGGGACCUUUCACGGGGCCCCCCAGGUGGCCUUCCAAGUGGCCUUCCAGGAGGCCCCCCAGGGGGCCCCUCAGGGGGCCCCCCGUAGGAGGGCUUCUGUGGAGGCGUGGGUUGCUGCCCCUUUAUCUGUAGGAGACAGGGGCUACUCAACCCCUAGAGGGACCCUCAUGGGGGCCCCCCUUCCGCAGCAUGAUGUAAUGCCUGUGGGCCCCUUCCUUUGCUGCGGGGAUUCGGAGGGCCCCUUCAAGAAAAAUACAAAGAAAUCUAAACCUGCAGCAGCAGCAGCAGCAACAGCAACAGCAGCAGCAACAGCACAAGCACCAACAGCACCAGCAGCAACAGCAGCAACAGCAGCAACAGCAGCAGCAGCAAGUACUCCCAGGUUAAGGAGCACAUCUGCUGUUCGCAAGAAGAAACUCUUUCUAGGUGGGGCCUCUCGCAUAUUUGGGGGGCAUAAGAGUCAGGGCGGCCGCUCUGUAAGCAGGGGGGUGUCUCCGCAGACACCCCGAUCAGCCCGGAAGCCAUCAGCAGCAGCAGCAGCAGCAGCAGCAGCAGCGGCAGCAACAGCAGCAGCAGCAGCAACAACAACUAAAGCAGCAGCAGCAGAGCCUGUAACAAUCCAUAGGCCCCUACUCAUUGCCCCUUUAAACUUAAAUGAAGAGGGAGGCUUCCUCCCUGCUUCUCUACUCCAGCAGCAGCAGCAGCAGCAGCAGCACUGUCUCCCCGAGCAGCAGUUGCUGCCGCAGUCUUAUCCCCUGCAGCAGCAACACUUCGUGCUGCAGCAGCAGCACCCUUCCCACGGGCCUUAUCUGGUGCAGCAAGAGCCACACGUGCUGCAGCAGCAGCAGCAGCAGCAGCAGCAGCAGCAGCAGCCCUAUGUGGUUCAUCAAGUCCUCCCAGAGGUGGUGCAGCAACCUGCAUACUACUUGAGUGCGGAGGAGGCUCAACAGCAGCAGCAGCAGCUUCUGCAGCAGCAGCAUCUGCAGCAGCAGCAUCUGCAGCAACAGCAUCUGCAGCAACAGCAUCUGCAGCAGCAACAGCAGGAGCUGGUGGUGGUGCUGCCGCCUCCUGAAGCUGCGGUUAACGAUAUUGUGUAUCCUAAUGUUAGUUCUCCUUUGGUGUUAAGCCCUGCAGGUGUCUCCUCUCUUCCUUUUUCUUCGGGUGUAUGCACAGUAUCUGGGGUGUCUCCGCAGGUGUAUAGGGGGCCCCCAGAGCCUCUCUUUCUCUCUACCCCUCCCAACGAGGGCCCCUGCGUUAUGAGGGAGGCCCUCACUCUUACAGGCAAUGCUCUAAGGGUUGCAGGCGCUCGCCUAGCAUCAGGUGUAGGGACGUUUAUUAAAGAAGUGGGGACAGCAGUAGCUGAGGAGACACUUGGGCUCCUACGCAACGGUGUUGAGGUCCUGGAGCAGCAGCAGCCCCCACAUCUGCAGCUCGAGCUGCAGCAGCAACUGCAGCAACUGCACCAGCAGCAGCAGCAGCAGAAGCAGCAGAAGCACCAAUACAGAGCAGAGGGGGCCCCUCAGCUACUUGAUGCCUCUGGGGGCCCCUCCCGAACCUCCUGGGUAGAGACUAAGGGGCCCCUACAACUAAAAGAUGAGGGCCCCCUUGUUGAGGGGGCCCCUCCUCUUGAGGUGUCUCCUUCUGAGGCCCUUCAGUACCCAGCAGGGCCCCUGACGGAGACAGAGACAACGACAAGGAUGAAGGCAAAGCCCAGCAGCAAAGGGGCCCCUGUAGGAGAGCAGCUAACAGAGAAGGGGGCCCCCCUCUGCUCUUUAAAGGAGAGGGCCCCCCAAGCUUCUCUUGUAGUAGUAAAUCAGGUUGGAGGAGACACUGAUCUCCUCAUGGGUCCCCUUAAUGAUGAAGAAGAAGCAGCAGAAAGAAGAGCACAGGAUAAAGAUAUAAGACAAAGAGAGGAGCCCGGCUGUCUCCUCAGGGGGGCCCCCACUGGUACUACUCCUACAAAGCAAACCCUCGCCUCUACACAGCAGAAUUCAAAGGACCUUAUCGGCAGUUGCUGGCAGCAGCAAGAGCAGCAGCAGCAGCAGCAAGUAGAGCAGCAGCUCGAGCUCGACCAGCAGCUAGAGCAGCAGCAGCAGCAGCAGCAGCAGCAACCUCGCCCUAGCCGGAUGUCUGUCCCCUUGCCUGUGCUACCUCUGGGAGAGGCAUUGGGGGGCCCCCAGGGGCCCCUAGAAGAAGAAAGGAGACAGGCUAGUGAAAGAUUAGCAGCUCGCUGGAGGCCCUCUCCUAGGCUGCAGUAUGCUGUGGGGGCCCCCUCAGAAGUAGGGGGCCCCCAUUCAAGGGGCCCCCCCCCUUCAAUGGGGCUAUACCCUUCAAUGGGGCCCCCGUUUAUGGGGGGCCCCCCUUGUAGAGGCACGGAAGGGAUGCUGUAA